AUGUCGGUCGAAAGCGAUUAUGCUGUGUAAGAGAAUAAUACUUUUUUCGUUCGUUUUCUCGCCUAAACAGUCGAUUUUUCAGAAGAGUUACGAUAACCUGGUGGGUUCUGCUGCUCAUCGGUCUGGAAGCCGUCCUUUUCUACUCGAUCAUGAUCUAUUAUUGCUUCUUCCGCGCCAGGAUCGACAAAACCGAGGAGAAGAAGAGUGAAUGAAGAAUUGUCGGACAAAAAUGAGAAUUGAUAUUGUGUUCGUUAAUAAAUUCGUCUUUUUUCCAGCUAAAACGAUUGUUUUGUGGUGCAAAACAAGGUGAUUAAUCGAUAAAAAAUUCCGUCGAUGAAGCAGAAGGCCGGCCCAGGCUUUCGGACUUUUGCCCCACUUGCAAUAAUCCGAUCGAGCCAAAACUUUGCAGGCUUUAUGGACUCGGAUUGAAGAAUCUUGAGCCCAAGUUACAGACCCAUGUCCCGAGAUAUACUGGUUUGAGACCGAAAUUUGCGCGGCCCUGCUUUGGAGUGUGUUCGGAAUCUUCGUGACCUUUCCAAUUCGUUUUCCCAAAUCGAAAAGAAAUGUCAAAAAUGUUCACUUUUCCACGAGGCAAACUCAAGAAUUUCCGCGAGACAAAAAACAGCAAAAAAAGGAAAAAAUCGAUGGGAUCAUGAGAUUCAGUGAGUUUUUUGUUCUUGUUUCGCUCAAGUUUCCAGAAUUUUCAGACACUUUAUACAUUUUCCCAUUGCUUCUCAAUUUAUCGAUUAAAAGGGUGACGUGUCAAAUUUAUACGUCGUCGGAAAGUUCGUCGACGAUAAAUCAGCUGCUUAGUUUAGAAGAAGAGGGAAGGUUUGUAACAUCACGGUCUCCAGAGCAGACAAUAUGGGCGUGGCCUCGGCCAAAUGGCGUUUUCGUGAAUUGAGCAGGUUUUCUCUGAUUUUUGUGGUCAACGGUGAUGAAAAAUGAUUGUUCGACAUGAAAACACACUAAUUCUCACAGAAUUAAUGACGUUUUGGCGCAUUUUUCGCGGAUUUUGCUUUUUCGCCUUCGCCGCCUGAAAACCGCACUUCUCAUUUUGCGCUUUCUUGACUGUUUUCAGACAGAAUCGGUUUUGAGAAUGAUAAAUCACGUAAAUACAAGCAUUUUGAGCGCUCGAACCGCGAAAACUACCGAAAAGCAACUGAAAUUCACGCAGUUUUAGCUAAAAACCUUCAAACGGAUAAAUGUGAUUUGCGACUUGACCAAAUUUAACGCUCUUGCGCUUAAAAAAUUUGUAAUGGCCUAUACAAUCGGUCUAUCAAGAGACAAAUAAGAAAUUAUCGGUUUUCCGUGGCUAAUCUGGCUAAAAACACACAUUUUGCUGUUAAAAUUUGAAUUUCGCGCCAAUGUAUCGCUCUAUUGGGCGGGGCGCACUUGCGCCUAUUGUCAGCUCUGGAGACCGUGAACAUUGAUUAAACACGAUCGAAAAAUUGUGCAGUUGUGCAGUAGAACGCAUUUACAAAUGGAAAAUUUUCAGCACGGCCAACAUUUGUGAACAUGCCCGUUUUUAUCGCUCGCGAACCGUACUUCUUUAGCACGCCAAUGAGUUGAUACGCUAGGACAAAAUACGGGCGGGAAAUUGAAACCAUGCACACAAAUGCUCGCCGUGUUCAGUCUGAAAAUGAGCAUUACCGCAGAGCAUUCGAAAUUUUGCUGAAUUUCGUACGAUUUUCCGAAAAAAUCGAUAAAAAUCUGCAGAAAAUUCAUCGGCCUCACCUUCGGUUUCUUCGCCGUUAUUCUCGCUAUCCACACGUUUGUUAUCAUCUUUCUGACGCUUAUUUGUCAAACUAUGUGCAAGACAGAUUACAAAAAUGAGUCGAAAAAGACGCUACCCGACGUGGAAGAACAAAUGCAACCUCGGCCCGUUGCUACAUGUAAACACUGUGAAACAGAGCGGACACGACAAGUUUUCGGACCGCAAUGUUCAUUCUGCGAACAUCGUGAUCUGGAAAUGAAGGCGACGGGACAGUCGACAGGGAAAAAGGAGACGCCGCCGCCGCCGCCGAAAAUACACCCAAGGGCUCGGUUGAUGAAGGAGCGGAAUUUUGCGGUCGAGACGAGCACAAAAACGUGCAUUUCGAGCAGCGAAAAGUCGGAGAGAAUCACCGAGAAAGUGAAGAAGCGCAGCAAGGUAACCGAGGUUUUGCUAGGCCACGGCCACGGCCGCCGGUUUUCGAGAUUCUCGGAAAAGCCGAACUUUGUCUCUUCCAGGAAAAAGCGCCCGAUCCGUAUUUUGCCAACCUUGGACCGCUCGUCUUGAUCACUUCACACGCCACUGCACUGGAUGUAAGUUUCAAAAUGUUUUCUAAACUUUUCUAAUGUGAAAUAAGCAAAAUCAAUAGUCCUACUCAUAGUUGCCACGGGCCGGGCCGGGCCGAAAUUUCCAAAACUCUGGCCCGGCCCGGUUCAAAAAGCGGGAAUUCAAAAUUUGAAUUAUUGAUUGCAUGAAGCCAUUUUUUGUAGAAUUAGGGGUUUUUUGCAAGCAUCGAACAUUGAAAAACAAAUGUAUUUCUCAUAAAAAAUUCAUAAUAGCAAAAAAACAAAGAAGAAACAAUUAGAAAAAUAACAAUUAACAAAAAACAACAAAAAGUAACAAAUGGGAUAUUUAUGCAACACUCGCAGAGUUUCCCUCAAUCCAGUUUGGAUAUUUCGAAGCGAUGUGUGCUCCGAGCACUACAAGUUCCGCUUUUUCGCAACGAAGUCGUGUUCUUCUUUUGUCAAGUAGGUAUCCGGCAGUGCUGAACGAUGUUUCACAUACACGUAGUUUUACAAAAUUUGAAUAAAAAGAAAAACUUUUUGAAAAAACUCAGUGAGAUCUGAGUGAAUAAGAACAAAAAAAAAACACUAAAACUUUAGUUCGAAAAUUUUUUUUGUAAUAACGAAAAAAACAAUUUCCGCGAAAAUUUGAAUUCCCGCCUUUUGAACCGGGCCGAAAUCUGGCAAGUCUGGUCUUACACACACAAACAUCGAAUACGAUAACAGAGUUGAAGAAUUCGUAAUUCUACUGAAACAGAAAUAAUUGUCUGCCACUUUUUUGCAGUUCAUUCCGCCACCGCCUGAAAAACAGAAAUCGACCGUAUUCGAAAAAGUGACAAUCGAUGAGAAAGCGUGUGUUUUGUUUGAAAUUGGAGACGACGUCGAGAAGAUGGAGGUACAGUAAUCAGCCGGGAAAAUUGCAGUAAUCGCAAUGUUUGCAGAAGAGUAAAAUGGGCAGUUCGGCGGCCGGAACCUCGUCGAUUAUGACUGCCAGCAUCAAAAUGUUCUCUCGCAACAAAUGA